AAAUAUUCAACUGGUCAGGAUCAUUUUAAAAAAAUGGUAGAAAAUAUGUAUAUGUGCACAAAAUGCAAAAUAUGAGAUUAUAAGAAUAUAAGAAUCUGUAGAUGAGCAGGAACGUGAACAGCAGCGAUGGCCCUGCAGAGUUCAGGACGACUCUAAGGAAGCCCAGCAGGGUCAGUCCCGCUCCAGGUCUGAGGCCGGUGGCCUGACUGCUGCUGCAGGUUAACACCUAAUAAACACCCUGCUCCUGACUGAUACCUUUCCAGAAUGAGAUCAGUUCGGGUUCUUUCAGUGAAAGAUGUCAUCAGAGUUUUACUCCAUUUGAAUUGAAAAUGUUUCCUUGAAUAUUGAAGAAAUGAUUAUAAAAUGAGUCGGCGGUGUUCGUGUCCUCCGCAGGUGUUUCAUGCGCGCGCAGGGCUUUGGCUCGGCGGAUGAGCAGAAACCUGAGCGAAGCUUCUGUCAUUUAAGCUCCGAGGAGCUUUUAGGCUUAAAGCGUUAAAGCAGCGGCGCCAUGUCUGCGGCGGCGCAGCGGGGCGGAAUUUGCGGAAUGAUCCUCCAUCCAAAGCGCUUCGUAGCUCCAUCAGGAGCUGCUUCCUGCCGGGCUGGGCGCAGUCCGUCCCCUGCUCGGGUUUCAGAAAAAGCCAGAUGAAUACGUGCGGGAGCUUUUACGCACGGUGCGUCUCCAUCAUGACGUCGCCAUGAGCUCCAGAUUGUAGAGAGGAGGAGGGGAGUGCUGAAUCGCUGCUCGUCGUUUCUGUGCAUGCGUUUGUGUAUCUUUAUUUGUGUGUAAGCGUGUGUGUGUGUGUGUGUGUGUGUGCGUGAGUGUGUGGAUUUUUUUCCCUUCUUGUCAUCUCUUUGCAAUACUUGGAAAUAACCCGGACCAGCGCUGUUUACGCGCGGAGCUGCUCGCUCAUUUACUGCAAAGCCAUAAUAACAGAGCCAUGCAGAGCGCGGGGAGGAUGCACCUUUCUGCCCACUAAUCCGACUCACUGGGAGGACUGGUCUGGACUGGGAGCCAUCGAACCGACAAUCAAGAAAUGGCGCCGAUAUUGUUUCUGAUUAUCCUCUGCGCUCUCCCAGCGCUCGUUGUGCCCAUACAUAAUUCAUCAGCGGGAGGCUGUGCCAUCAUCCGGCCUCCGCGGGACGGAGGGAUCCGCUACCGAGGCCUGACACAGGAGCAGAUCCGCAGCGUUCGGAUUCUGCCUGUGGAUUAUGAGAUCGAGUACAUCUGCAGAGAAAAUCGGCAGAUCGCAGGGCCAAAGGUCAGGAAGUGUUUGCCCAACGGCACGUGGACGGACAUGACGCAGCUCAGCGUAUGCCUGCUGCAGUGCCCCAAGGUGUGGACGUCCCUGGAGAACGGCAGGGUGACAGCGCGGCCCCCGGGGCCCCCAGCGGAGGGGACAGUCCUCCACUACAGCUGCAACUCCGGCUUCACCCUGGAGGGCAGAAACAUCAGCCACUGCACCAAGCUGGGCAAAUGGGACGCCCCCAAACCCACCUGCCUCUAUGACAGAAACUACACAGGGAAGAAGAAGCUGUACAUCGGAGCGCUGUUCCCCAUGAGCGGCGGCUGGCCGGGCGGCCAGGCGUGCAUGCCGUCCGCUCAGAUGGCUCUGGACCUGGUGAACAACAGGAGCGACAUCCUGCCGGACUACGAGCUGGAGCUCAUCCACUACGACAGCAUGUGUGACCCGGGCGAGGCCACCAAGCUGCUGUACGACCUGCUCUACACCGAGCCCAUCAAGAUCGUCCUGAUGCCCGGCUGCAGCGGCGUCUCCACGCUGGUGGCCGAAGCCGCCCGCAUGUGGAACCUCAUCGUGCUGUCCUAUGGCUCCAGCUCUCCAGCGCUGUCCAACCGCCAGCGCUUCCCCACCUUCUUCCGCACCCACCCGUCUGCCACCCUCCAUAACCCCACCAGGGUGCGGCUCUUCAAGAAGUGGAACUGGUCACGCAUCGCCACCAUCCAGCAGACCACAGAAGUCUUCACCUCGACUCUGGAUGAUCUGGAGCAGAGGGUGAAGGAGGCAGGCAUCGAGAUCAGCGUUCGUCAGAGCUUCCUCACCGACCCGGCUGUCGCUGUCAAGAACCUCAAGCGCCAGGAUGCCAGGAUCAUUGUGGGGCUGUUUUAUGAAACCGAGGCCAGGAAGGUGUUCUGUGAGGUGUUCAAGGAGAAGCUGUACGGGAAGAAGCACGUCUGGUUUCUGAUUGGCUGGUACGCCGACAACUGGUUCAAGAUCAAAGACCCGGCCAUCAACUGCACAGUGGAGAACAUGACGGAGGCCGUGGAGGGACACGUUACCACGGAGAUCGUCAUGCUGAACCCCGAGACCGUCCGCGGCGUCUCCAACAUGACUUCACAGGAGUUUCUGGGAGCCUUGAUGUCUCGUCUUGGGGGGAAGAACCCCGAGGAGACGGGCGGCUUCCAGGAGGCGCCCCUCGCCUUCGACGCGGUGUGGGCCCUGGCGCUGGCCCUCAACAAGACCGUGGCCCCCCUGAAGGCCAAGGGCCGGCGGCUGGAGGACUUCAACUACAACAACCACGACAUCACCUCGGAGAUCUACAGAGCGCUCAACACCAGCUCCUUUGAAGGGGUUUCGGGUCACGUGGUGUUUGACGCUCAGGGUUCCAGGAUGGCAAUGACCCUCAUCGAACAACUGCAAGGAGGAAGUUAUAAGAAGAUUGGUUACUAUGACAGCUCCCAGAUGAACCUGAGCUGGUUCAACAACGACGUCUGGAUCGGCGGGAAGCCUCCGGCGGACCGGACCGUGGUUCUGGAGGAGUACCGCCUCUUGUCUCAGAAGCUGUUUGCGUCGGUGUCCGUCUUCGCCGGCCUCGGCAUCCUGCUCGGCAUCGUCUGCCUGACCUUCAACAUCUACAACGGCAACGUGCGCUACAUCCAGAACUCUCAGCCCUACCUGAACAACAUGACAGCAGUGGGCUGCAUGAUGGCGCUGGCUGCAGUGUUCCCGCUGGGGAUUGAUCGGCACCACGUCAACAGACCGCAGUUCCCCGUCGUCUGCCAGUUCCGCCUGUGGCUGCUCGGCCUCGGCUUCAGCCUGGCUUAUGGCAGCAUGUUCACCAAGAUCUGGUGGGUCCACACCCUGUUCACCAAGAAGGACGAGAAGAAGGAGAAGAAGAAGCAACCCUUGGAGCCGUGGAAACUCUACGCAACAGUUGGAGUGCUGCUGGCCAUCGACUUCCUGUCGCUCAUGAUCUGGCAGAUUGUGGAUCCUCUGCACAUCACGGUGGAGAAGUUCACCAGGGAGGCGCCUAAAGAAGACCUGGACGUUCUGAUCCAGCCUCUGCUGGAGCACUGCAGCUCUGAGAAGAUGAACACGUGGCUCGGCGUGGUUUAUGGCUACAAGGGUCUGCUGCUGCUCCUGGGUAUUUUUCUGGCUUAUGAGACGAAGUCUGUCUCCACGGAGAAGAUCAAUGACCAUCGAGCCGUGGGGAUGGCCAUCUACAACGUAGCCGUGCUGUGCCUGAUCACGGCGCCGGUGACGAUGAUCCUGUCUUCGCAGCAAGACGCCUCCUUCGCCUUCGCCUCGCUCGCCAUCGUCUUCUCUGCUUACAUCACUCUGGUGGUGCUCUUUGUACCGAAGAUGCGGCGCCUCAUCACCCGCGGCGAGUGGCAGUCAGAGCAACAGGACACGCUGAAGACCGGAUCGUCCACCAACAACAACGAUGAGGAGAAGUCCAGGCAGCUGGAGCGGGAGAACCGGGAGCUGCAGAAGAUCAUCCAGGAGGUGAAGGAGCCAGAACCCAACCAGAACCGCUGUUAGCUAGUAACUAGCUAA